AGCAAAUCAACUAAGGCGAAAUUUAACUGAGGGUUGAAAUGCAAUUUUGAUAUUUUUUUCACAAAAUGUCGCCUUCUACAUUAACGUCCUUGCUUGUGUUGUUUUUCGCAGUGAUCGGUGCAAAAGGGCGAAGAAUAACCGCCGUCUGGCUUUCCCGGAACGCUCUGACUUGGGAUUCAAUCAAUAACACAACGGUCUACGCCACUCUGAGAGAUGCAGGCAAUCUGCUGCUUGACAAUCAAACAGCAACAACGAAUGCUUUCGGAGAAUUUACUUUGUCCUUACCACUGAGGAGCAGCCACACCAUAACAUUCGAGAUGCCUGGUUUCAAUCCGAUCCUUCUAAGAGAUUUUUAUUCCGAUCUUCCGCUGGACGGCAAGGUCACAAUGGAACCGUUGUUGUGGAUCAGUGAAACCUUGGCCGGAAAUGGGACAGCCGACGGAAAUCUGAAAUAUAUGAGAUUUGGCAACCAUGACGAUGAUAUGUCGUAUGCCCCUUCGGUAACUGUUAACUUCCGUUACGGCCUGAACAAUAUUUCGGGGCCGAUUCUCGCGACAACCACAACGAAUGCCAUUGGGUACUGGCGUCAAGGACUACCAUCGGGAUACUACACGGCGACUGUCAACGCGACAGGAUAUAUGCCAAAAUCUUUCCCAGUCGUCAUUUGGAGAAAAGGCGGCUCAAGCACCGUGCAUUCAUUUAUGCCUGACGUGUCUUACGAUGACAUUCGGAUAAUUCUCUUUAAUGUUAAAGGCUACGAUAUGGAGUUGGUGGUGGUCGAAGGACCACUGCAAGACAGCCAACAGCGCACACGCGUUGAAUGUCAGGGAACGAGACUGAGCGCUGAUAAACUUAUUCACAACGACUAUGCAGGAGCAAACGCCGAUAGCACCGUCAUCAAGAAGCAGCUGCCUGGCACGUACCGUAUCAGCGUGUACGUGUGGUAUCACCGCAAGGGAGUCCAAAACUGGCGUUUGGCCCGGUCCCACUCGGUUGUCGAACUGUAUCGCGGUAAAAAUCUGUGGGCAAGAUAUUAUGCCCCCAAUCGUUACGGUAACACGUGGAUCGUCGCGGAGUUGGACGGACUAAAUCUAACGACUAUCAAUGAAAUUACGACAGUGUACCACAACACCUAAAUUGUUUUAACCAAAACCAGGUUUCUUCUGAGUUUAACUUUAUUUUCUUUGUAUCAUCUGAUACCAGGCAUGGUACAGCUUUACGCAUCCGAAAUCAUGUGUGCAACUGAUGCGGGGGAUAUGGACUAAAUUAAAUAAAAGACAAUG